GGAGGUGAGAGGGACGCGGCGCGCCAGUCUUGUGUCAGUGGUCGUGACGUGGCCGCCAUCACGCAUGCGCAGUCAGUCGGUACGUGGCACUCACACGGCAGCCACGCACCGCACCAUUACUGCCUCCUCCUCUCCCCUUACAAGAUUAUAGAGCGUGGCUUGGUAAGAGAGCCAUGCUUCAUGGACAAGCCCCAACCAUGGUGAAUCAAAGGCUUCCAGGUGGCAUGCUUCCUCAAGGUCCACCAGGACCUCCUGGAGGUGCAUAUAAGCCUCCUGGGAUGCUAGCCCCAAGACCCGGGCCAUACCAGAGUGGUCCGACACAAGUACCAGGAUUGAGUCAGCAGAUGGGUGGGAUGAGUCUUGGUCCACCGGCUGGACCUCCACAGGGAAUGAUGCAUCAAUCUGGGCCACCUGUGAAAUUGGCUCCAGUGUCGGCAGCGGGACCAAACUCGAUGGCAAAUGGUCUUCCUUCCACUGGCUCUGUAACUGGACCUCCACCUGGACCAGCAAUGAGACCUUCAUCUAGACCUCCACUUGGGCACAUGUCUAGUCCUUCUACAGGACACACAUCUGAUCCUCCCACUGGUGGCCAUGCUGGACAGCGACCCACACCAUCAUCCACUCCUGGUCACUCUCCAAAGCCACCACCUGCAACUUCUUCCAUGGGAUUAGGCCCUGGAGAGAAUGUGCAGGCAAAUUCUGCUACAUCUCAAAUGUCAGCAGAUGUCCAUACCUCACAACCAGGAAUGGGGGGACAGUGUUAUUCACCAUCAGUUAUGGUAGGGUCUUCUGGAGGGAAUCAAGCAGGAUUCCAGUCAUCAAUGGCAGGUCAUCCAGGGGCCAGCCAGCCAAGCUUCCCACCCUCAUCAGUGGGAGGACCCACAGCAGAAUAUCAGUCAAAACUUCACCCACCAUCGAUGGCAGGCACCACUGGGGGAGGUCAUUCAGGAUUUCCACCAUUGUCUUCAUCUGGCUUUUCUAGUGGAAAUCAACAGACAUACAGUCAGUCAAUGGCACCAACAGGACAGUCUCAGCCGACUUAUUCUCAAGCUUCAUCAGGAGCAGCAAGGCCUGGCAUGUCACCAGGGUCGACUAUGUCACCCAGACCUGGCAUGCAUCCCGGACCUGGCAUGCAUCCCGGACCUGGCAUGCCCCCAGGACCUGGCGUGCAUCCCGGACCUGGCAUGCCCCCAGGACCAGGUGUGCAUCCCGGACCUGGCAUGCCCCCAGGACCUGGCAUGCCCCCAGGACCUGGCAUGCCCCCUGGACCAGGUGUGCAUCACGGACCUGGCAUGCCCCCAGGACCCGGCAUGUUCCCAGGACCCGGUAUGCCCCCCGGACCCGGUAUGCCCCCCAGACCCGGCAUGCCCCCAGGUCCCGGCAUGCCCCCCAGACCAACAAUGCCCCUUGGACCAGGCAUGCCUCCCGGACCAGGCAUGCCUCCCGGACCAGGCAUGCCUCCCGGACCAGGCAUGCCUCCCGGACCAGGCAUGCCUCCCGGACCAGGCAUGCCUCCCGGACCAGGCAUGCCUCCCGGACCAGGCAUGCCUCCCGGACCAGGCAUGCCUCCCGGACCAGGCAUGCCUCCCGGACCAGGCAUGCCUCCCGGACCAGGCAUGCCUCCCGGACCAGGCAUGCCUCCCGGACCAGGCAUGCCUCCCGGACCAGGCAUGCCUCCCGGACCAGGCAUGCCACCCGGACCUGGCAUGCCACCCGGACCUGGCAUGCGUCAUGGAUCAGGCAUGCCCCCCGGACCAGGCAUGCCCCCCGGACCAGGCAUGCCCCCCGGACCAGGCAUGCCCCCCGGACCAGGCAUGCCCCCCGGACCAGGCAUGCGUCCCGGACCUGGCAUGCCCCCUGGCCCUGGUGCUCCCUCUUCUCAAACAGGUGUGACUCCAGGGCAUAAAUCUGGAAUGGUGCCUCCAUCAAGCCAGAGUGGCCCUCCUGUAAAUGGUAUGCAGGCAAGGUACCCAGGCAGUGCUGGUGGUCCAGCACCAGCAGCAGCAGGUGGUUACCCCGGUAGUGGUCUACAAGGUCAGGGGCGCCGUCUCAAUCCCGACGACAUGCCGAGCCCCUUACAGGUGAUGGAGGAAGAUUCACAGUGCAGAAGCGGAGAAUUUAUUACCAACAUGAAGGGUCAAGUGCCACCGUUGGUUACCACAGAGUUUAGUGUGAGAGAUGGAGGCAAUGCUUCUCCUCACCAUUUGAGGUCAACAAUGUACAGUAUUCCCCACACUCCAGAGUUGAUGAAGCAAACACAUGUUCCUUUUGGUCUUGUAAUUAGUCCGCUCGCAGAGGUCAAGAGUACAGAUAGCCCCCUCUAUAUAGGAACCAGCUUGGAAACUGGACCUGUCAGAUGCAACAGAUGCAAGGCCUACAUGAGUCCACUGAUGCAGUUCAUGGAUGGUGGUCGGAAAUAUCAGUGCAAGCUGUGCCGAGGUGUGGUUGAAGUGCCGAAAGAAUAUUUUUGCCACAUGGAUGGCCAAGGGUCACGUGCAGAUAAAUUUCAGCGACCAGAAUUAUGUUGUGGCACCUAUGAAUUUGUUGCGACUUCAGAGUACUGCCGGGAGAAGACGCUUCCCAAAGAACCAGCAUUUAUAUUCAUAAUAGAAAUUAACCAGCUGAUGAUGCAGCGAGGUAUUGUUCCGCUCUUGUGCCAAAGCAUGAAAGAUAUCUUAAAGCACCUGCCUCGGGAUUGCAUUAAUGGUACUAAAUCCCCCGAGUCGAACAUGAAAGUUGGCUUCAUCACUUACGAAUCUAAUGUCCACUUUUACAAGCUUGAUGGACAGGCUCCAGAAAUGUGUGUGUUGUGUGAUCGUGAUGAUAUGUUUGUCCCUGUUCCUGGAGGUGUUUUGUCUGAUGCAAAGGAUGCUGCUGAUAAUAUUGACAAACUUAUGGAAUGCAUUCCCGAAAAUUUUAAAGCUACGCGAGAAACCUCGGGUGCACUCUCCAGUGCAAUUCGUGCUGGCAUGGAGGCCUUGAGGGCUUGUGGUAGAGUAGGAAAACUAUUUGUGUUUCAUUCAUCUUUACCAGUAGGCAGUGGAGGUGGUAGCCUAAAGAUGCGAGAAGAUAGAAAACUACUUGGAACUGAAAAGGAGAAGACGGUGUUAAAUCCACAAAAUACUUAUUACAACAACCUGGGACAAGAUCUUGUAGCAGCUGGAUGUUCUGUAGAUUUGUAUAUUUUUAAUGAUAGUUAUGUUGAUUUGGCCACAAUUGGACAAGUGGCUAGAUUGACAGGAGGCCAGUGCUAUAAGUAUACUUUCUUUCAGUCUAAUAAAGAUGGUCCUAGGUUUUUAAAUGACCUUAAGCUUAACAUUGGGCGUGAUAUUGCCUUUGAUGCUGUGAUGAGAGUUAGGACCUCGCAAGGAGUCAGGCCAGUGGAGUUCUAUGGUCACUUUUUCAUGUCUAAUACAACUGAUGUAGAGCUAGCAAGUAUAGACUCCAGUAAGGCUAUAGCCAUCGAAGUUAAACAUGAUGACAAGUUGACGGAGGAGGAUGGUGUGUACAUACAAGCUGCUCUACUGUAUACAUCGUGUAGUGGACAAAGACGACUUCGGAUUAUCAAUAUGGCUCUUGGCGUGUGCAUGCAGAUGGCCGAUUUAUUCAAGAAUUGUGACCUUGAUACACUGAUGAAUUUCUAUAGCAAGCAGUCCAUUGUGAGAUUAUUAGAAACAAAUGCCAAGCAGGUUAAAGAUACUUUGAUUGCCAAGACUGCUAAUAUACUGGCCUGCUAUCGCAAGAACUGUGCAUCCCCAUCCUCUGCUGGACAACUCAUUUUGCCAGAGUUGAUGAAGCUCCUACCACUAUAUGUUAAUUGCCUUAGCAAAUCUGAUGCAAUUAGUGGUGGGCAGGACCUACCCUGUGAUGAACGCUCCUGGCAAAUGUAUCUUGUAAAUACUAUGCCUGUGGAUGCUUCUGUUCCUUACUUGUAUCCGAGGCUCAUUCCACUCUCUGAUGAUGAUCCACAGAAUACGGGGAUCCCUUCACCGCUCCGAACAUCGUAUGAUAAACUUCAUCCUGAAGGUGUCUUUCUACUGGAGAAUGGUGUGCAGAUGUUUAUAUGGGUUGGGUCAAAUACCUCUCCAGCUUGGUUGAUGGAUGUCUUUGGGGUAAAUGCUCCCCAUCAGUUGGACCCUGUGAUGGCAGAAUUACCCGAGCUCGACAAUCCUGUGUCGAAACGAGUGUGUGACAUCAUUGCUUCUAUUCGUUCUCAACGGAAUAAACAUGUCAGGUUGUUCGUAGUUCCACAACAGAGCAAACAUGAGGUAGUGAUGCGGAACUACUUGGUGGAGGACAAGAGCUUGUAUGGUGCCCCAAGCUAUGUCGACUUCCUAUGUCAUGUGCAUAAGGAAAUCCGUGCCCUUCUUUCUUGAAAUAGGUGGCAGUACUACCCAUGGCCGUCACAACCAUCAUCAUCAUCACCAUCACAGUUGGUAGGGUCAUCUCCCUCCACCUUUCCAGUCUAUUCUAGUGAAGCCUCUUCUACCCAGCUGACCAACAAUUCCACUACCCUUAUCACCUCUACCAACAUUGUUAGUGAUCAAAUCUCUACCCUUCAACUUUCCUUUCCGUGUAUGGAAGUUCCACAGAGCCAUUCACCUAAUGGUGCCUCUCUUACACUAUUUGCUAGAAAUGCCAGUUGUCAUACCAUGACCACACCUACCUGUGCCAGUAAGGAAUGCAAGGCCAAUGUUAUAUAUCCGAAAGUGGCAUCAACGCUGCAAAACUGGCAUUGAGAUCCUCGUAAUUUUGCUCAUGUGAUUCAGCUAUUAACAUUUUAAUUUUUUUAGUAUUGAUUAUAGGUGUAGAUGUGUGACAUAGUAUUUUUGAAAAAAGAAGCAUUUUUUUAAGUAUCGAAGGCCUAAUAGAACAUUUGGUUACAGGUUAAAAUUCUUGAAAGAAUGUGGAUAUGUAAAGAUAUCUACUGAGGGUUAAGUGUUUGAAUAAGUUGCUUGAUUCUUCAUUUAACUAUAAUACUCGGAUGUGUAUAAAAAAAUAAUUGUAGCCAAGAACAAAAUUGAGUCCUUUGAGAAAGAACCACACAUUUAUAAUGCCUAAUUGUUUGUGUAGAUUACAGCUCAUAAUCUUCAUAUACUUUUAGCUGGAUCAUGUCCAUGGGUAGGGCUGCUUAUGUUAUGGAAAAAUGCUCACCACUUCUUUAAACUUUGUUUAAGUAAGUUUUGAUACUGUGUUGUAGAUUUGUUAGUAGAGGUAAAUGGGAGGAAAUGGGUAGCUGGGUGCCUGUAACAUUUUUGCUAUGUAGGAUUAAGAAUAAAGAUUUAUUUUUAUGUAAACUUGUAUUCAAUAUAGAACUUCCACAUUUUAUGAAUUUUAAUGAACAAUUAUAUGAUGUUUUACAUUAUCAGUGGUUUAAUGAAGUAUUGCAUUUGUAUGGUUUAUUUAAUUCAAAUAUCAGUCAUCUUCAUUUAGAGGAAAUUUUGCUAUUUAGUUUAAUGAAAUCAUUCUUGGGAUUUGGUUAUGAUGGAAUUAGCUCAUUCAUGGGGACCAUAAAUUGGCAGUAGUCCAUUAUAUAGAUCGGGGGCCUGUUAUGGCAAAAUGCAAUAUGUUAUAUUUCAAUGUUAUGUUAAAAAAAUAUUGUUAGCUUAUCUA